AUGAAAAAUACACACAACCGUCGGUUUUCACUAGAUUCACUCACCAUUGAAGACGUAAUUGACUGGAGCCUGGACUCCUCGUCCCCCUGCUCGUCGAACGACGGCUGCCCUACCGUCAACGGUCAUUCUAAGCGGCUGUCGUUAGUAAUGGACUUGAUGAGAAAUCCGGACCUAGCACUUUCCCCGGCUUACAUGCAACAAUCCAUGGCAGAUCCGGCGACCCCUGGUGGCACUAAUGGAGACAAUAUGCUGAGCUCUAUGAGUAUGGUGUCACCGCCGUUCACUCCCAGUGAAAGUACUGUUAACCUAGCGGCAGAGGUCCAGCAUGACCCGGAGUUUGUCCUUUCGGAGCCCCGACUAUCUGUGAGCGAGGUCCAGCGGGUGCAGAGCCAGCUUGAGGAGCUUCCUAGAGUUGUGUGCGAAAGCCGUGCUCGUAUUCCUACGACGUCCGGUACGGAAAUGUUUCUGCACGUUUAUUCGAAUAAUGUCGACAAUAAAGAGCACCUAGCAAUUGUCUAUGGCGAAGACAUCCACUCAAAAUCCUUAUUCGAGGCUCGUCCUGGCGAGACUGAACAGGACCGCAUGACUCGCGGCGCCUAUACAGGACGACUAUACCCCGGUCGGACUAGCAGCGUCGAACCCAAGCAACCAUUGCCAGCAAAGUCCGGUGAGACACUGGUGCGCAUCCACUCUGAAUGCUACACUGGCGAAACCGCAUGGAGCGCUCGCUGUGACUGUGGCGAGCAACUCGAUGAAGCUGCAAGACUCAUGGCUCUUGAGGGCCGUGGCUGUAUUGUGUACCUGCGUCAAGAGGGCCGAGGCAUUGGACUAGGCGAGAAAUUGAAGGCGUACAACCUGCAAGAUCUUGGCGCCGACACUGUCCAGGCCAACUUAAUGCUGCGACACCCAGCAGAUGCUCGUUCUUUUGCCAUGGCCACUGCCAUUCUCGUCGAUCUGGGCCUUGUGAAUAUCCGACUCUUAACCAACAACCCAGACAAAAUCGCCGCCGUAGAGGGCAAAAACAACGAAGUGCAUGUGACCCAGAGAGUGCCCAUGGUUCCGCUCUCAUGGCAAAAGAAAGGAGGCUUUUCAAGUAAAGAAGUCGACAAGUAUCUGGAAACCAAGGUCAACCGCAUGGGUCAUUUGCUGGAUCUGGGUGAUCGCAUGUGA